AUGGCGUUUAUGAUGCCAGUAGUAAAGAACGAUUGGGAUAUAUACAACUCGCAGAGGUCGCGUCGGGCUUCGGAGUCAGCGGACAAAGGGAGUAUAGGCGGGAGAGUGCGGAAGGUUUCGGAGUCUCGAUCAGAAGGACCUGUGCUGUCUCCGCGCACCGCAGCCACCCUCAGCCCUCACAGGAGCGCUCCAGCCAUGAGGUCCCUCUCCUACUGCAGAGUACCACCUUCACGAGCGUCGCUGCGAGUGUACGAGAGUCAAAGGGGCUCGGGUAGUCCGACCGGCAAGAACAGGGAUUCAGAGAAAUUCCACAGCAGGUUGGUGGAGAAAUUGAGGAAGGCGUUCGGUCGAUCUGAAUCGAGAAACGACGAGAGGAGCUCGUGA